AUGACUGGCAAGCAUAGAUGGGAUUCAAAUAGUAAGAAAAGGGACAAAAUUGAAGGUGGAGAAACUUUUCGAUUGGCAAAUAAGAGCUUAGAUACAUCAUUUCUGCUCAUCGCUGAUAUUUUGAACAGGAUAUCGGAUAAGUCUCACUAUACGUUAUUUGAUUCACUAACAACACAAUGCAUUUAUAUUGCUAAUAAUUUAGCUCAGGCACAAUCUAAUCCUAAGCGGCGGAGAAAAGCAGCCGAGAAGAACCUGACGCGCAAUCUGGAGAAUGCUAUUCGCAAAUGUGCAUCUCAUUUUAUUGAUAAUACAAGAAUCAAUGCCGAUAAUUUGAGUGUAGGCGAUAUAAGGUUAGCGAAUGAAAGAUAUAUGAUUUUCCUUGCUAAACUAGGUCCAGCUUGCACAAUGGCUGAUGGAUGUUCUCGCCGCACUAACGGUUGCAAGAGAAACUUAGCAUUGAGGGCCGAAGCUUGGUUUCUCGAAGAUCUGGUGUAUGAAAUGGAAAACGAUGUUUUGCACUGUGUGCUCCAAACCUUGGAUAGAGCUAGACAACCUGAUUCACCGACAAUAUUAAUUGAAAAUCUGUGUUGGUUUUUCAACAAAAGUCAUCAAUAUUCUCUAACAUUUCCAAAUGGUAGCGAGCGUCAGAAUGUUUUGAAACUUUACGAGAAUAAUUUGUCAAGAUUUGUUCAGAUUAUCCGCAUCAACUUUAAUGCCUCGUUUAUAGGUAAUUUAAAGGCUCUUAUUACAAAAGAAACUCGUAUUGCGUCUACUAUCAGAUUUGACUUGGCUGAAGAGGCUAGGAGUAAAGUAAUUCAACAUACAAUCCUAGAUGCAAGUGUUCUUCAAUACCUCAUGAGCGAAAUCAUUUCAAACAUUGCCAAAUACGAUGAAAUCAGACAGAAUUUAAUCGAAUUGCAUGAUCUAUUCCACUCCUGUGAUAAACUUCAACAGCUAAUAUCUUCACUUUCAGAUUGUUUGAUAAGGUAUUUCGCGGACUCUCUACAUGAGAAUCAAUACCUCACCGGGAUCUUAGAGAUACGGGACAUUAUAGAUUUCUUUGAAACAUACUUGAAAUCAUUCAGUUGCGAUUUUAAGAUUUUUUCAAAAAAUGUAAGGAAUAGUAUCAUGGAGAAUACCGAUGAAAAAUCUACUUUUGUUCGAGUACUUGUUAAAAAUUUGGACAAGUUUUUCAAACAAUCGUAUAAAAGCAAGAUAUGUCCCAGUAUCGAAGCCCAAGAGUGGAUUGACGCAAUUCCUGGUGUUUUGGCCUAUAUGGGCAUAGAGUCGGAUGUGCUAAAAUAUUAUUUGAGCGAAAGCCUGAUGAGACGCAUGUUUCUGAUGAAUAUUAAUUUCCUUGAGAAAUUCUGUAAUCCAGAUGCUCAGUGCAUCGAGCGCAGGUUCUGCAAAAUGUUAAUCACUGAGUUUGAAGAAAAAGCUACAAAUCUUAAGAAAAUUCUUCGAGAUUUUGAGUCCUCUUUCCAUUUGAUAACUGAUAAUCACGAUUGUGCGCCACAGAUAAUCCCUUUGAUACUUGAGAAACAUGCUGUUCCUCGUGCAUAUCAUGAUAGUAUGCAUGAAAAAUAUCCAAUUCCGAGAAGCCUUCAAACAAGUUGGGAAGCCUGUAUCAAAAGAUAUCUCACUCAAAGCCUCGAAAACAGGUCUAAAAAGAUUGGUAACGCGUACAAACUUCAUAGACUGGAAUUGUCUUCACCAUUUGAACUUCCCAAUGGAGACCGGUUAAUCUUCGAAUUAAACUUACCGCAGGCGGCAGUUCUUGAAUGUUUUAAUGCUCGAUUGAAAUGGUCACGAGACCAAAUGUUUUGCGAAUUUGAACGUUUUGAUUUAGAAAUAAUUAGAAAAGCACUGAGAUCAUUCGUAAAAGCAGGUCUCUUGAUAGAAGAUCGUUGUUUCUAUGAACUGAAUCAAGAUUUCAUCCCGGAGCUGAAGGAAGUUAGGCAUGGCAAACUGAUGUUCAAGUUUACAGAAUCAUUGUAA